AUGAGUGCCAACGCUGCCUCAGAGGCUGCCGAUGGAAAUACACGACACAGACGUUCAAGUCAGGGCAGUCAUACGGCCAGUCAAAUUAGCCAUGAGGAUGCCAUCCAGACCAACCAAGAGCAAAGCUCCUUUUCCCUAUGGCGAUGGCUUUGGCAUGUCAUCACAUCCAUAUCGGUGGAGCCGACCAUGUUCCUAUAUAUGUCUGCCUUCAUGAUCACCUCGGUGGUGGAGCAGAAUUUCUUCGUCUACAAGGCGUGCCGCGUGAACAAUAAUUUCAGUGAGGAAAUCUGCAUCAACAUCAACAAGGCGGAGUACAAUGAUUACAAGCUCCAGGUGCUGGUGACCACCGCUUGGUUUCAUCAAUGGGAGAACAUUUCGGCCCACAUAUUUCCCAUCAUUUUGGCCUUGUUUCUGGGCUCAUUCUCGGAUCGUCGUGGUCGCAAAUUGCCACUUCUAAUGGGUUUGACGGGCAAACUGAUUUACUCCGUUAUGAUUGUGGUCAAUGCCAAGAUGGAAACUUGGCCAGUGGAGUAUAUCAUCUAUACGGCCACUUUACCCUCGGCUCUGACUGGAGCCGAUGUGGCCAUAUUUGCCUCAUGCUUUGCCUACAUAGCGGACAUAUCCACCGUGGAGAAGCGGACCAUAAGGGUGACCAUAUUGGAUGCCAUCUAUCUGAGUGCCAUGCCCACUGGUGUGGCAUUGGGCUCCUAUCUGUUCUAUCAUGCCUUCAAUCAAUCGUAUGCCGAUAUGUUUAUGGUGAAUGCUUCGUUGUUGGCUCUGGCCAUAGUCUAUACACUGAUUGCCCUCAAGUGGCAAACCAAUGAUCGGCAACGAUCAUUGCGAGAAUUGGGCUUGUGUGGCUUUUGGCCAGACUUCUUUGAUAAGCAACAUGUGAUUGAUUCAUUCAAUGUUAUGAUCAAGCCCCGCAGUGGCCAUCGUCGUGGCUUUUUGAUCAUUCUGCUUGUGUCCAUGAUCUACUAUACAUUCCAACGAGAUGAGGGCACUUAUCUAUAUUUCUACACGCUGGCCAAGUUCGACUGGGAUGUUGAUUUGUAUAGCACCUUCAAGACUUUCAAAUCGUCAGCCUAUGUUAUUGCCAUGCUCCUGGGUGUACCCAUUAUGAAUAAGCUCUUCGGCUGGCGCGAUACGACGCUCAUUUUCAUAGGAACCUGGGCUCAUUCGAUUGCCCGCGUAUUCUUCUAUUUCGCCGAGACACCAAAACUACUUUAUGCUGGCGCCAUCGUCUGCAGUCUGGGUCCCAUUGUGGGUCCCAUGUUGCGAGCCAUGACUUCCAAAAUCGUUCCCACUUCGGAGCGUGGCAAGGUGUUUGCCCUGCUAUCGGUUUGCGAUAAUGCGGUGCCUUUCAUUAGUGCCGUUUGCUAUUCGCAAAUCUAUCAGGCCACUAUCAAUAUCAAUUACGGUGGACUUGUCUUCCUGCUGACCAUUGUCUCGCAAAUGAUUGUCUUCUUCUUGAUACUCUGCAUACACAUUAAGCUUGGUGGCAAUUCCUUGGAAGUGGCAGAGUUUACCGAAAAAGAGAAUGGACUAAUCACCAAUGACGUCGAGUCGAUGGCCCAAAGAACACCCCAAGCAGAGACAACAGAAUGAUUCGAAUGAUUUCCUAUAUUUUAUAUACAUUUUUUUUUUUUACCAAACCA